AUGGCUUCGUUCGCUAGAACAGUUCCUAGACUCAGCUUCAGACCUCUUAUUGCAGUCUCCCUAGCUGCUGCGGGAGCGUAUGCUUACCACGAGAACAACGGGCCUACUCCGACUCCGAACAAUUCUGGCAAGCUGCUGGCUUCGUCGACCUUGUUGGCUACCAACGUCAGAGAGGCCAGCGCCUCCGUCAAGCCGUUCGAGGAGUACCAGAAAAUUUACAACGACAUAGCGGAAAAGCUCAGAGAGGAAGACGACCGCGACGACGGGUCGUACGGCCCCGUUUUGGUGAGACUGGCCUGGCACUGUUCCGGCACGUACGACCAGAACGACUCGUCGCAAAAUAAGGGCGGCUCGUAUGCGGGAACAAUGAGAUUCCAGAAAGAGCAGGACGACCCAGAAAAUGCAGGCUUGAAGGUGGCACAGGAUUUUCUGGAACCGUUCAAGACUAAAUAUUCCAGCCUGUCGUACGGCGAUCUUUGGACCCUGGGAGGCGUGUGUGCCAUCCAGGAGCUCAACGGGCCAAAAAUCAAGUGGAGACCCGGCCGCAAGGACCUCGGCCUCGACGCUGUUCCUCCGUACCACCGUCUGCCGGAUGCGUCUCAGGAGACCGGAGAGUACGUGAGAUCGGUGUUCAACAGCAGACUCGGCUUCACGGACCAGGAGAUGGUGUGUCUGAUCGGCGUGGGCCAUGCUCUGGGCAGAUGCCACGUCGACGCGUCGGGCUACGACGGUCCAUGGACGUUCUCACCUACAAUGGUGACCAACGAUUUUUUCAAGCUGCUCUUGGACGAGGACUGGAAAAUCAGAGACUGGGACGGGAAGAGACAGUACACGGACUCGAGCACCAAGUCUCUGAUGAUGCUCCCAACCGACAUGGUGCUGAAGAAGGACUCAAAGUUCAGAAAGUACGUGGAGCUGUAUGCCAAAGACGAGGAGAAGUGCAUGUCGGACUUUGCCGACGUGUUUUCGCGACUCCUUGAGCGGGGAAUCAAAUUCCCAGACUCCACCAAGCCGAUGGUCUUCAAGACCCUCGAGGAACAGGGACUCUAA